AGCGACAGAUGUCGGAGGAGGAGGACGGCCCGGUGGAGAUGACAGCGGCUCGAGUGGACAGAGACGUGCAAAUCCUCAACCACAUCCUGGACGACAUCGAAGUCUUCGUCACCAAACUUCAGAAAGCGGCCGAAGCGUUUAACGAUCUGUCGAAGAGGAAGAGGACGAAGAAGAGUAAAAAGAAAGGUCCGGGAGAGGGCGUCCUGACUCUGCGCUCCAAAGCCCCCGGAGAGGAGGAGUUUGUCGAAUGUUUUCAGAAGUUUAAACACGCCUUCAACCAGCUGGGGAAGCUGAAGGAUCACAUCCAGAACCCGAGCUCCACAGACCUGGUUCACUUCCUCUUCACUCCGCUCAGGAUG